UCCGCUAGAGCGCGUUCGGGCACGGAUAAAAGUUAGAGAGGCAACAGGUCGCUUGUCUCCGCAGUUCGCACAGAAUCGGCAUUAAUUAAGCCCACAACAAAUCAACGAACGAAGAUCAACGGCAACGGCGCCUAAGCGCGACUCCAAACAUACAAAAAAAAACUCUCUUCCUUUUUUAGUGGAUUCCCAACGAAAUGAGCUCGGACCAGAGGCCAUUUAGGGUCGGCAUGCCCAGAGUAAUGGCCGUGGGGCUCUUGAUCCUCAUCUGCUGUGGUCUGGUAGCAGGACAAUCGAACUAUGUGCAGCAUGGAGAUAGUGGUAAUUACACCACAAACGGACUGCCCGAGGAGGCCACUCUGGAUGGCAAGGUAACCAAAUUGGAUGACAUUAGCCCAUUGAUAUUCCUGAAUCGAACCAAGGCUGCGCUGAACUGUGCCGCCGGAUCCAUGCAGGUUGAUCUCAAGUUCAACGAUCCGUUCCAUGGCAUCAUACAGGCUGACUAUGAUCGCAGCAGUGCCUGUCGUGUGAGCGGCAAGGGAGCCCUUAGCUACCGCCUCGAGCUGCCCCUGAAGGGAUGUGGAACCAUUCAGAAUCCCACCCGCGUGUUCACCAACAACAUUAUAGUGCGUUUCCAUGCCAAUCUAGAGAUGGAUGGCGAUGAAAUUAUAACCAUUGUCUGCCGUUAUCCACCGCCGGUGCCCUCACUGCCACCAGCCCUGCCAGCUCCCAUUCUCAAUCCCAUUGCCACGGGCUCUGUGCUCCAGCCACCGCUGAAGAGCAUCCAAAUCCUGAUGAUCAUCUGUGCCAUUAUGUUCCUCACUCUGCUGCUCCUGGGACUGGCCGUCUCCUACUACUGCCUGCGUAGCCGUCCUAUACCCGUGGUGCGUCGCCUGCCCAUGAGCAUGGGCAGUGGCUCUGAGAUCACCAAACUGAGUGGCAGCAGUGUGGGUAACAUUAGUGUCUUUGAGGGCGUUAAGAUACCGCGUGCCCAUGCCGCUCUCCAGGCUGUCUACAGUUCCUCGGGCAGCGAGGGAGCUCUCAUUCCAUCCGAUUAUCCAAGCGAAUCGCACUCUGAGAUCGAGGAGAUUGACACACGUUCACUGCCUUUCAGUUCGGCGGGUAGCUUCGAGAAUCGUGCCUUCAUCCAGGAGACUUCCAGCAUCUAUAGCGACCACUAUGUUCCAGCCCAGGAGAUGCCAGCGGCGGCUGCUGUUAUGACCACAUCCUCGCUCACCCGUCACGCCAUACCCAUUCAGGAGGCCGUGGCAGCCGGUUCGCCCAAGUUCGAUGUCCAGGUGCGCGUCAAGAAGUCACCACCACCGCCGCCUUCGCCAGUAACCUCGGACACGGAAAGCGUGGCCACCCUGCGUCCUGACAGGAAUAACCUAUCGACCAUAAUGGAGGCCUACGAGGAUCGUGAGAGUGUCAUGACUAUGGAAUCCCUGCCGCCACAUGUUGAGACAAUCCACUCCCAGUUCACGUACGUGCCAGAGUUGCAUCCGGCUCCGCAGGUACCACAAACGCUUCCAUCGCCACCAAUGGCCAUUGCCGAGCCCAAGUUCUCUGUGUACACGCGCACGCAUCAGGAGGUGGUUGAUGGUCGUCCAGAGACAUGGUCUGACUACACCGAUGGCCCCGCACCCAGUGAGAUCACUGACCUAUCCUCCGAGGCUCCAGACAUGACUGUGGACACGAUGCACUAUUACGAGGAUGAGUAUGUGCCGAAUGUGCAGCUGCCGCCGCCAGUGACCUCGCACACCGUGGAUGAUGUCUACCUGCGCACGGUUACCGAGAAGAAGACCAUCGAGGAUAUUGAGAGUCACAAGCGAAGUGUCACUGAGUAUAAGAGCAAGCCGAGGGCACCACUACCACCGGCACCACCACCGCCGCCACCAGUGGAUCCCAAGUUUGAUGUGCGCGUGCGCAACUAUCCCAAUGAGCGGGAACAGCAGCAGUGGGAGAACUUCUCGGAUAUCUCCAGUGCCUCCGGUCUGACCCUUACGCCCAAGAUGGAGCGCAGCGAAUUGACCUUGCCGCUGGCCGAGCCACCGUCCCAGAUCCAUGACAAUAAACUGAAGCUGACCAGUCCCGAGCUGGUGGGCAACAUGAAGCCGAUCGAGGUGCCGCCCCAGGACAAGGAUGUGCCCAAUUGGGAUGUACUCAUACGCAUUCUGGAGGAGCCAGAGAUGUCGGAGGCCGGAGAUGAUGUCAGUUCGGUGCGUAAUCUGAGCUACGAUGAUCGUGCCAAGUGGAAGGAGAUCAUAACCACGCAGUCCUCGUUGCGCACCAUGCUGACCGAGGCGGUGGUGCGGGAGGACUUCGAGCGGAUUCGUCAGGAUACGCGUUAUGAGCGUAUGUUUGAGCCCCAGACCUGGGACGUUAUCAUCCGUAUCCUGGCACCACCCGGCGACGAUGAUCCGGAUGUGGAAAUGAGAAUGCCACGACGCGGUGGCAAAAAGGCUCCUCCACAGCCCUGGGAUACGCGUUCGCGUCGCAGCUCCCUGCCCACGCUCUACGAGUAUGAUAGCGAUGGCGGCUCCAGUGUCCGUACCAUUCGCAACGACCCCGGUAUGCCGGGCUUCCCCUCAUCGGCAUCGGGAGGUGGCUUCAAUGGCGGCCAGGGACCGUUCAAUCUGCAGCGCUCUCGCCGCAGCUCACGCACCUCGUAUCAGACCGACCACAACGACUUCCGCUCUAUGUCCGAGGUGACCGUGGACUUUGGCCGACCGCAGCCGGAUCACUCGGACAACAUGAGCGAUGCCAGCAGCUAUUAUCGGAUGCAGUACUAUGACGAUGACGACCGUCGCUCCUUCCACCGCUCCCUGAGUCAUCCUUCGCUGGCCCGCUCCGCCAGCGAGUUCACCGAGCACUGGACUGCUCCCGAUCCCGACGAGAUGGUGAUCUCCUCACCCGAGGGAACACCCCGUGCACGACGAGGAGUUCGUCAACCACUCCCACUGACGACUCACCAGGGCAGGACAGGUGAGCGUGUCCUGGCCCAGACACAGACGCAGAGCGAAUAUGUGGAGACCCAUAGGAGUGUCUACCAUGCUGGCAAGGAUAUGCCCUUGCCGCCACCACCACGCAAGUGGUAAUGGUCGCACGAUAAAUGAUCGAGAGAGAGAGAGUCACUUUAAUUAACAAAAAAAAAAAAAAAAACAAACAAACAAUCGACUAAAAACCACACGUUCCGGGAAGGGUAUUAAUUAUGAAAUUACAAUAUUGUAAAGAACGGACAUCCAACAAGAAGUGGCAGGACGUAAGGCCAGCCCCUUGAGUGGAUGUCCUUACAAUAUUAUUAUUUGCAUUCACACGUAGGUCACAAAGGACUCUACAUACUGACAUAUAUACAUAUAUAUAUAUCUGCAUACUUAAACACAAACAACAAAAAAAGUGCCAAUUACAAUUGCCUGACGACAAAGUUAGCCACAUUAAAAUAAUAAUUAAUAGAAACUAAAAUGUCCGUUUAAUGGAGGAUAACGUGACUUUUUAACUUUCGAUUCGCUGCAUUUUAUAAUAAUUAAUAAUGUCUCUUGUAAAGAGCAAAACAAGGUAAAAAAAGGAUUGGAUACCAAUCUUUAUUCGAUUUGUGUGUUCUGCACUCCCCAACAAGUAUAUAGAUUUGAAAAUAUACUCUAGAGAGCGAUUAGGAGAAGUGACAGAGAUUAGGAGAAGUAUACAUUUUAGUUAAUAAUAAAUACAUAUAUGGCUGCCGUUGAGCAUUUCGAUAGAACAA